AUGGAGCCGUAGCAUUUAAAAGAAGAAGAAGUAAAUAUUGUCUUUUGAAUGUAAAGGCCUCUAAUUACUAUUUCAAAACUCAACAAAAAAUGCCAGACUAUCUAACAAUACCAGGAUGGAAAAGUGUCUUCCUUGUCUUGACGUUGGCGGCAUCAUCGAUUAUAUUGUAGGAAAUAUAACACUUUAGAAAAAGAAGAAUAAUAAUAACUGGGACCUUUGGUCUUAAGACCCUUAAGUGAAACUCGUUGAGUUUAAAUUGAAAACAAUGCCUGACACAUACUACGAGUCUAUUCAAAGUGUCAUAAAGUAUUGGAUCAGAAAGUCUUUCCGAAAUAGCUUCUUUAUCCCGCCCAGAGGUUACUGGAAGAACUUUUACGAUCCACACCAUGAGGAACCGCCUUUUGUGUCAAGAAUCAUGAAAGCUUUGCCUCGACGGGAUUUCAUGUUCAGAAACAGAGAUGGAGCCCAUGUAUUUAGUACGGAAUAUUAUCUGGGAAUCGCUAAUUAUAUGUUUCUUUGGAUGACUACUUUGGUUAUAGUCAGUUUAGGGCUCUUUUUAAAUAUAAUAUUUUCUGAAAAGAAACCGAAAAAGAUGAAACCCCGUAAAGCCAGGAGAAUACAGAUAAGGAUGUUCUAUCUGGCGUUAUUAAAUAUGAUUAUUGCCAUCGUAGUCACAAUUCUUGUGGAAAUUUCAUUCUAUCUAAUGUUCAAAUUUCUUCGCAUAUACCAUACAUGCUCACCCCAACCGGAAUAUUUAAGUGUUAUUGAUGGAAUUCAGGUAAUCAGAAAAGCGCGCGAAGUGGUUACAAAUCCUGUAUUCAAACAGAAACAUCGUAAACUGCUUAACAAGAAUCACGCAGAUAUAGAAUUUAUGAAGCUUUACAAUCACUUGAUAAGCCAGCUAUAUUAUCUCCGAUAUACUAUAAAUACUACUAUAUUUCAGGGAACUUGUGCAGUAGCCUACUGGAGGACAACAUUUUAUACCGUCACGGCCAAUUUGUUAUGGGUCCUCGUGCCCUAUUUCUCCAUACAAAUGUGGCUAGUUACCGGAAGACGGCCAUCUAGAACUGGAUAUUAUCGUGUUAAAAAAUGGGCGCUAUUAAAUUACUUUUCAUGCUGGUCACUGGUGGCUUCACUGAUGUGGCUAGUCAUGAUAGCCGGUGACUACUGCUAUAAUCCUGCCAUUACCACUGCUAAUCUGACGUACCAAUUGGAUCACUUGACACCAUAUUAUUUAAAAGUUAUGCCAUUUCAAAAUAUAAGGAAUGCUAUAAACUUUUUUAAGGAAAUGAAUUUACUUGUGAAUCACACAAGAUUUGCAAACGCUUUCUACGCCCCCCAAUAUGGCAGUAUAGUUAUUCUUGAAAUGGCAACAAAAUUCUACUACGACCUUCUGGAACAAGCUGCGAAAGACAAAGAAAUAGAUGCAUUCGUACGCGAUAUUGGUGAUCCCGUGGUAAUCAAGUCCGCCUUAAACUUAACAGUCGAUCAGGGUUUAAUAGGGCUGUACCAAGGAAAAUUUAUACGGCCUAUUCAUGACAGAUUGAUGAUAAUCGGCUGUCGUCAUUGGGUUCCUAUCGUAUUAGCAAUAUUAGUUUUGACGUGGAUUAUGUUCGGGACAUCAGCUGCUUUGGCAGUAUAUGCGGUAAAAGGAAUACGGCACUUGUACACCUUCAGUCAGCUCCGACCGUACAUCAAAGUGAAAAAUGUGACCAAAGAACGUCCAUUGGGAAUAUGUGAAAGGAAGCAAAAAGAAGCUGAAGAAAGAGCGGAAGCGGAGAGAACUAAACGCACUCGGUGGCGCGUACGCCGACGGCGCGCCCGGCGGCGUGUCCGGCGCGCCGGCAAAUUUUCCAAAACUAAAAUCUUGGUCAGACAGAUACUAGGUCGCAAGUCUUCAGAAGAUAGAAAUGAGCACACCUCAUUAAGAGAAAUAUUGCUACCACUAGUAUAAUAAGGGUGUGUCGCUACUGUGCCGAUGACAAUGAGGUUCUAGGUUCUGCCUAAUUAGUCAAUUGCACCAACACAUCCUUGUAUCAAAU